GCCGUGAGGGAACGGCGCCGCCAUGUUGGCCCCGGGGGCGGCGGGACGGGUGCUGAGCCGGGCCCUGAGCCUGAGCCAUGGCCCGGGCUCCGUGGUGGUGGAGCGGGUGUGGCCGGUGCCCCUGGCCCGCGCGGGAUCCCCGCCCCGGCUGCACCCCCGGCGGCACCGCGUGUUCCGGCUGCUGCGGGACGGCAAACACCAACCCCGGGGGGACAUGGAGCUGCUGCUGACCAGAACCGUGCAGGACCUGGGCAGCCGUGGGGACCUGGUGAGGGUGAGCAAAGCCGUGGGCAGGAACCGCCUGCUGCCCCAGGGGCUGGCAGUGUACCCCAGCCCUGAGAACCUGCACAGCCUCCAGCAGGAGCAGGCUCAGCAGGAGAAGUCGGAGGAGCCCCAGACCCAGAGCGGGCAGAAGACGCUGCAGUUCCUGCGGCGCUGCCGCCUGCAGGUUGGGAUGAAGAACAACGUGAGCUGGGAGCUCAGCCCCGACAUCGUGGCCAGGCACUUCCUCAGGAAUCUCGGGGUGUUCGUGCCCCCCCACGCCCUGCGCCUGCCCCCGGAGCCAAUCACACGCUGGGGACAGUUCUGGUGUGACGUCACGGUGAACGGGCUGGACACGGUUCGCGUUCCCAUGGACGUGGUGCAGUUCAUGCGCCCCAAAACGCGGCGAUUCCGGCACUGGCAGGAGCAGCAGCGGCAGCAGCUGGAGAGCAGCAGGGAGCGGCUCCUCUGAGCCCCCACAGGGAUUUGGGGUCCCCCACGAGGGAUUUGGGGUCCUCAGAAUGGAUUUGGGGUCCUCAGAAUGGAUUUGGGGUCGUUUCCCCCUCUCUGAGGAGCCCCCAGACAUCGCUCAGUUCCCAGAGAAGCAGCUCAGGAUUUUGGGGUUUUCUUGGAGCCCCCCAAAAUCCUCCUGAGCCCCCACUCUGAUCCCUGGGGUGGAUUUGG